AUGUGUCGUUGGACUAUUUGUUUUUCUGUUCAUAUCAUGUGUUUUGUUCAUGUCAUAUGUUUUGUUCAUAUCAUAUGUUUUGUUCAUAUCAUAUGUUCUGUUUAUAUCAUAUGUUCUGUUCAUAUCAAAUCAUAUGUUCUGUUUAUAUCAUAUGUUUUGUUCAUAUCAUAUGUUCUGUUUAUAUCAUAUGUUUUGUUUAUAUCAUAUGUUCUGUUCAUAUCAAAUCAUGUUUUGUUUAUAUCAUGUGUUCUGUUUAUAUCAUGUGUUCUGUUUAUAUCAUAUGUUUUGUUUAUAUCAUAUGUUUUGUUUAUAUCAUGUGUUCUGUUCAUAUCAUAUGUUUUGUUCAUAUCAUAUGUUUUGUUCAUAUCAUAUGUUCUGUUUAUAUCAUAUGUUUUGUUUAUAUCAUAUGUUUUGUUCAUAUCAAAUCAUAUGUUCUGUUCAUAUCAUAUGUUUUGUUCAUAUCAUAUGUUUUGUUCAUAUCAUGUGUUCUGUUUAUAUCAUAUGUUUUGUUUAUAUCAUAUGUUCUGUUCAUAUCAAAUCAUAUGUUCUGUUUAUAUCAAAUCAUAUGUUCUGUUUAUAUCAUAUGUUUUGUUCAGAUCAUAUGUUCUGUUCAUAUCAUAUGUUCUGUUAGCCUUUGGAAUGAUAAUACUCCUAGAAAAAGAGAAAUAUUUCGUCAGAUUAACGGCUGAUAAUGAAUAUUUUGAAAACACACGCUUUUUAUUGAAAACAGUAAAUUCAGGCUACGAUUUUGUGAGAAAGCAAAGGCCUACUGAGAAUGAACUUAGCCUGAAAUCCUUUAUAAAUUACAAAUUAUAA